UUCCGACCCAUCACUCUCUCUCUCUCUCGCUCUCUCCAAUCACGGGCUUCGUCACAACCUGCACGAGCACCGCUGCAAAAAGUUGUUUUUCCAGAGUAGCUAAGAUGACUGCCAUGACAAUUCAAUGAGAAGAGAGGACGCAAAGUGAAGUAUCCCCUACUUGCUGAAAAGGAGCGACAGAGCGCUCAAUGUAAAAGGAGAAGAGGGGGGAAACGCACGAGAAGAAAAGGCAGAAGAUUUAAAAAGAAACUAUUAGGAAGAAAAGAACUGGCAGAAGAAGAGCCAGGAAAGAGGCAGGGGCGAGAAAGCGGAUAAACGGUGGAUGGAGGCGGCUCGGACCGGGGCUACGGAGAGCUCUUCACUGACGAAGAAGAAGAACAGCAGCAGCAGCAGCAGGGGGGAGAGGAGAUGGAGGCGAAAGGGAGAAACAUGCCCUCAGACAUCAGUUUCCUUCCCCGCCCAGCCAUGGUGUGGUGUGAGCGAGGGAUCCAGGUGCUGUUGACCACCAUGGGAGCUUUUGCAGCUUUUGCACUGAUGACAGUGGCUAUUGGAACUGACUACUGGCUGUACGCCCGGGCCUUCAUCUGCAACAGCACAGCCAACUCAUCACAGGAGGACUCCAACAAUAAGGACAAGAAGGAUCCUGGGGCGCUCACCCACUCUGGCCUCUGGAGGAUUUGCUGCCUGGAAGAGGGUCUUGGUGAGAAAGGACAGAAGGGGAUGGUGGGCGGAUAUCAAUGCACGGAUGUCAGAUUCAAGCAAAGCGUUCCUGAAGGUGUGGUGAGAGCUUCCAGCAUCUUCCCCAUCCUCAGUGCCAUAUUGCUUCUUCUGGGUGGAGUGUGUGUCGCUUCCAGCGGAUUCUAUAAAAGCAAAAGGAACAUUAUUCUCGGUGGAGGGAUUCUCUUUGUAGCUGCAGGCCUCAGCAACAUCAUUGGAGUGAUCGUGUACAUCUCAGCAGCACUGAGCGACAUCUCCCCCAAGAAGGAUGAGGAUAAGAAGUGGCAUUAUUCCUACGGCUGGUCAUUCUACUUUGGCGGUCUGUCCUUCAUCCUGGCCGAGAUGGUUGGCGUGCUCGCUGUCAAUAUCUACAUCGAGAAGAACAAGGAGCUCCGUUGCCGCUCUCGCACUGACCUCUUCAAGAGCACAACGCACGCCAUGCUUCGUCUGCCCAGCUACCGUUUCAGACGGCGCUCGCGCUCCAGCUCACGCUCCACUGACCCACCGCGUUCGCAGGAGACCUCGCCCGUUGGAGCUUCCAAGACCUUCAGCUUGCCACCAUCUGCACCGCCAUUCUCUGUGGCCACUCUGCCCAACCCCCACCACACCAGCAGCAGUGGGAGCGGAGGAGGUGGUGACAUCUCCAUGUACACCCUCUCAAGGGACUCCAAGCUAGGCAGCCUCGGAGGAGGUGCCCCACCUCUCUAUGGCACGGUGGACCGUGCCACGCUCUACCAGCUCCACAACUACUUCCCAAAAGAUUCCAGCGGCAGUGGCAGCGGUGGAGGAGGAGCGGGAGGAGGAGGAGGAGGAGGAGCAGUGAUAAGCAGCAGUACGCUCCCUUCCCACUCCAAGUCCAACUUGGCAGCAGCGGCAGCUGUAGCCCAGAACGCAGCACCGCUGAGUACCUCCACAUCAGCUGCUCCGACCACCCAGCCAGCCCCGAUAUCUACAGCCACCAUGGAGCGGGACAGGGGCAACGUGGGAACCCUGGACCGACUGACAGCCAAAAGGGACCGGGAUAGCAACUCAGAUACACUAAACAGGAAAACGACACCAGUUUAAACUCAGAGAGAGAGGAGAGGAGAAAUAGAGAUGGAAUUUAGAGAGGAAGAGUAGGGCUGUAAAUGUGUGGGUGGCACGUCAACAAUAAGGUUUCUGUCCUUGAGCCUGAGGUAUCGAGCUGCCAUAAAUAUUAUUAAUGUUAUAAACAGUCAUCAAACAUCUGAUGCUAAGAGCAAAUUCAUGACAGCCGCCUUAAAAAUUGUCAUGACUUUGAAACCUGUUUUGUUAAUUGCACAGCAGGGGUACAGUGGAGGAUUCGGGAAAUGUUUCUUUUCUCUGUUUUUUAUUCCUGAAUUACUCACUAAAUCAUAGAGAUACAAAACUCCCAGAUGUGUAAUAAAACAGCCUCCCAAUGCAGCAGUUAGGUGCCUUGCCGAGGAGGCAGGGGAACGCUUUCGUUAUUUAUUUCCCUUAUCUCAGUUUUGUCCGUUUCUACAAGGAUAUCUUUUUAAAUCCUGAAAGAAACAGUAAAGGAAGCUUUGAUGAUAAUCAACCCCGCUUACAAAUCACUAAUUUGUACACAUCUUAGAUCGGAUUGGCCUUAAAUCUACAUUGUCUUUUCACAAAGCAAGACACAGAGUCCUUGCUUUUUGGUAUUUUAAACUUUGCAACACUUUUUAACAUAAUAAUUAAAUUAUAAAGUGGCCAGAUGGUACAAGUCACAAUUCUUUCUUCCAUUUCUGUUUUAAAAGGACGAGAGCGUCACAGACGGGUACAUUCUGCCAAGUAACAAGCUGCUCAGUGACAAGUUGACUGCCAAUUGAAGGUCAACAGUAGCUCCUUAACCUCUGGACCCGAGAGAGAGCGACCUCAGCCAUAUCUAACGUAGAUCAGAGGAGGCUGCCGCACUGUGAGCCUGAUUAUUUUUCACUGUGUGUCAAAGGUAUUUACAGUGACAGAUGGGCAUUCACCACAGUUCUAAGGAAAGGAACAGCCAUGGACUUACAGCUUUAGUCUUAACGCCUCCAUUACUCCACUGCCAGUUGUCGCAGUAAGAUACGGCAACAUGAUCGUUUGAGCAAGUAACUUAUUUUGGCAUCAAAUCUUUCUAGUAUUUGUUUAAACGGAAAGAUUUGCGUUUCCCAAAGUGUUGCCCACAAUUCUUAAACCAUUGGAAAACUUUAUAAAAUGUAAAUAAAAAACAGGAAGGAGACGAGGCAAAUCUCAUAAAUA